GAAGGUAGUUGGCGCCACACCCCCUAGCAAUGGAUAAAUACCUCGUUCGGACGCCUCGGGUCCAGAGCAGUCCUCAGAAGAGAGAUCCUGGAGAAAAGGUUUACAAGCAGGCCACGAUCGAGUCUCUGAAGAGAGUUGUGGUUAUCGACGACAUAAAAAGGUGGAAAACUAUGCUGGAGCUUCCUGGUCAAACCAAAGAGAAUCUCAUGGAAGUCUUACGGGAACUGAAGAAGAAGCUGCCCUCCAGGGAGGUGUUAAAAUCCACGCAGAUAGGGCACACUGUGAACAAAAUGCGUAAGCAUUCAGACUCAGAAGUGGCUUGUCUUGCCAAAGAAGUCUAUACGGAGUGGAGAACUUUCAUUGAACAACAUUCGAAUAAACCUUCCAUUGAAGUCCGAAGUGAUUCCAAAACGGAGACAUUAAGGAAGAAUGCCCAGAAACUACUCUCAGAGGCCCUGGAAUUAGAGAUGGAUCACCUACUGGUUGAAAAUAUUGAGCGGGAAACGUUUCAUCUCUGCUCCCGCCUCAUUAACGGGCCGUACCGGCGCACGGUGAGGGCCCUGGUCUUCACAUUAAAGCACCGAGCUGAGAUACGGGCUCAGGUGAAGAACGGCUCGCUGCCGGUCGGCACGUUUGUACAGACCCACAAAAAGUGACCCAACGCCGCUUCCAACGGGCCUCUCCACCAUUCAAAGCCUCUUUUGAGUCGGGUGGUGGCCACUGCCGCCUGCGCUCGUUCUGCCCAGGUGCCUCUCCUGCCUGCCGACGACAGUGCAGCGGGACCCCCAGGCCUGCUGGAAAGGCGGGGUGGGCCGCGGGGCGCCGGCAGCCUAAUCACAGGAGCGCGGCUGUCCCUGGGAAGGCCCCCGCGCGGUGCUGUCACCCAGCCCGGGGACAGGCUGACGGAUGGCACGGUGAGCAUGCCAAGGACACCUCUAAACUUCCCCCUUGGCAGGCAGAUGAAGCCGCCACUUUAUUUCGCCACCCUGCAGGUAACUGAAACUCAAUUACCGCUGCCGCUCCCUCGGUUCCAUCCCCCUGAGUUUAGACUGCGCCCGAGCCUCUCAGAACUCCCCGGUCUGUUCGCUUUGCUCUCCCCCAGGGGUGAGCCCGCCGGAGCCAGCCACUGCCCCUGCUCCCCAGAACUCACUUAUCUGAAUGUUUCAGCUCUGCCUGGAAGACCUUGGUGCAGGUCCCCCCGGCCCCCAUGCUGGGUCUUCUAAUGAGGAUCUGGCCUGAAGCAUCCCCACGCCUUGGGGUUCAUUUGAAUUAUGCCGGCUCUCUGGGUCUCAGACUCAGCGGAAGAAGAUGCAUAAUGUACAUAAUGGAAAUUUCCCCUGAAAUAAAUUGCUGAGAGAAAAAGGAAACACAGUCCUAUGU